AGCCCUACUGUUAGAGGGAAAAUGUGUCGGUUUGGUUCACAGAUUUUUACCGGGAACACUUUCAAUUUUUAUCCGUCAUCAGGGCUGCUUGAAAUUUUUUAUUUGAAUAGAGAUUACAGUAAAAACUGGUCGUCUAUUGGCUGAUUUUUUUUUUCCUUUUCUUUCGUAUCGUUGAAUAUUUUGUAAGAAAAUGCCACGGUCGAAGAAAAGAAGUAAGCGAGGUGGCCAGCAUGUUGCUGUGCAGCCAUUCAGCGACGAGGACGUCUCCGUGGAAACGCUCAGCCACUGCAGCAGUUUCAGUGAUGGGGCUAGCGUGCCGGACGAAGGGGAGACCGGAGAUGAUGCAACCCAAGAGGAUUUACACUACAAGCUGCAGGAAUACAUAGAUGGCACAAUGGACAAAAGUGCUAAAACCAGGCAGAGUGCUCUGGACAGCCUGAAGACUGCUUUGGCAACGAAGAUCUUGUAUGAUUUUAUACUGGAGAGGAGAAUGACCAUCACUGACGGCAUAGAACGUUGCUUAAAGAAAGGCAAGGGGGACGAGCAACGAGCCGCUGCCUCCUUGGCCUGCCUCCUGUGCAUCCAGCUGGGCUCUGGCUUGGAGAGUGAGGAGCUGUUCAAGUCGCUCAAGCCCAUUUUCAGGAACAUCCUCACUGACGGGACUGCCAACGUUCAGGCCAGACAAGCGUGUGCAGCAAGUUUGGGCAUCUGCAGUUUGAUUGCUGAAAAUGAUACAUUGGAUGUGUACGCCACUAUGGAAUGCCUGGAGAGCCUCUUCAGCAAGUCCUACACAAGGGAUGAUGGGACACGUGUAGCGCUCAGCCCCCAAACUACCGUGCUUCACACUCAAGCCCUGCUGGCUUGGGCGCUGCUGCUGACCAUCUGCUCUGGCACUGAAGUCAGGAGACUUCUGAACAAACACUUGCCGAAGCUUCCCAGUCUGCUUGAGUGUGACGAUGUGAAUAUGAGAAUCGCUGCCGGGGAGACCAUCGCCCUGCUCUUUGAGUUGGCCAGGGACUUGGACGCUGAGUUUGAGUAUGAGAACCUGGGGAUGCUGUGUGCCAUGCUAAGCUCUCUGGCCACUGACUGCAACAAGCAUCGAGCCAAAACAGACAAGAGGAAGCAGAGGUCUGUUUUCAGGGAUGUACUGAGGGCUGUUGAGGAGGGAGACUUCCAGACAGAGACAAUCCGUUUUGGCACAGAACGCAUGUACAUCAACAGCUGGGUGAGGAAGAGGAUGUACGACACAUUCCGGGAAUAUGUCGGGUCGGGAAUGAACUAUCACCUGCAGGCGAACGAAUUCAUACGUGAUGUAUUUCAGCUUGGCCCACCAUUGAUGGUUGAUUCAGCUGCACUGAAGGCCAUGAAAUUCUCCCGCUUUGAAAGGCACCUGUACAACGCAGCUGUGUUCAAAGCUCGGACAAAAGCCAGGAACAAGUUCCGUGACAAGAGGAUUGAUGUUGGGGAGUUCUAAAAAAAAGUUUAUCGCCACCUUGGCUUUUUAAUUGUUGUUAGAACAUUUCUGUAGAAACUACUUUAACAAAUUUAAUCCUGUAUUUAUUUGUGAAUUUUUUUUUUUUUUUGUAACUAGUGUUGUGUAUCUGGGUGUUUUUGACAUUUAAUCUCUUCUUGGAGUUGGUGGUUUGGGACUGUUCAUCUGAUUGUUGAAACAUUUCACUACUUGCAUGCUGUGUACUUUUGUCUGGAGGUUUGGAACAAUUAAAUAACACUUCUUAUGAUUUUGCUACCUGACUCCCAUCUGAAUUUCUCAUUGGAGGGGUGGUUCUAGUGUGGUGCAUCACUUGCCUUCCACAUCUUCUGCUCACGGCAACCAGC